AUGUCUAGCCAAGGUGGUGGGAACUCCAGCACCAUACUCUGUCAACCACAGUUGAACCAUCGCCGCGGAGACACUCUAGACUCAGGUCUCAACGGCAUGAUUAAGGACUUUAGUAGCGAUAAUAGUACUGCUACAAGACGGGACGAUUCUCUCGCGGCUGCUUCACUACCCAUCACACGUUCACUGCGGCCCCAAACCUCCUCUCCUCCCCAGGAUCUUACACACGAUCUUACACACGACAUAUCGCUUUUAGAGAAAACCAGCUGGGAUUUGAAAGCGUUGGCACUGUGCGCAGCUCAGAAACUGGGCAAGGAGAAAUGCAUAGGGAUAUGCGAGCUAGGCCGUGGAUCCCACAAUUCACUGUAUAGGCUCAAAUUCUCCGAUUCGACAGAAUGUGCCGCCUCCAUAUCCAACUCGCCUGAGAAGUUCUUCAGCCCGCAGAUCAAGCAAUCUGAGAUCGCCACCAUGCAAUAUCUCUAUUCGUCACCGCUCUAUAACAUCCCAAUCCCAAAGGUUUAUGACUGGGACCUGUCAUUCACCAAUCCUGUAGGCGCCCCAUACAUCCUGCGUGAGAUAUCUCCGGGGAAGAACAUGGCCGAGGAUGGCAGGUUUUACCGACUCAGCACCCGUGAUAAGAUGAAGGUGAUUAAAGAGCUAGCUCUGGUCCAGGCAGAGCUAUCGAAGCCCUCAGAGUUUACAAAAAUUGGAAGCAUAUAUAGCCAGAAAGACAGCACGGGCUUCUAUGUCGGUGAGAUUGUCUCGGCAACCUGCAUGGGGGGAGACAAGAACGGGACAACAUGUCCCUCUAAGGGUCCAUACUCCAGUAUGCCAGAUUUGUGGCAAGCACGUCUGGAACGUGAAACACUCAUGGCGAUCCAGAACUGGUCUUCACUCUCAUCCGACUCUGCAAUCAACUCAGAGUCCCCGCCAUCUUUAGCAAAUCCCCAGCAUUUCGGGGAAAUCCUGCAGCUGCUGAGCGGACUGACUGGACUAUUUACCCCGCCAAAGGAAUUAGCAACGCUGUGUAUUCAUCAUUCCGAUCUGGCGAUCCGGAAUGUCCUUUUUGAUGAUAGGACACUCAAAAUUACAGGAGUCAUAGAUUGGGAGUUCGCUUGUGUCGUGCCGUUGGCAAUCACGGGAAGGUUUCCAAACGACUUGGGAUGGGAAGGGAACGAAUUUGCACGGUCGUUGGGAAGGCUUGGCGAUAACGGGGAAGUGUGGAAUCAUCACUACUACGAUUGGACGAGCCUUGAGGGCGUUAGCCCUCCCCCGCCUUCUAGGAAUGCGGCACUAUCAUUGUUAGAUGGUGAACAAGAGGACUAUAUAAACAACCUUCACACAACCAACAUGAAUCGAUACUGUGAAGAUCAAGCAGGGAUCAUAUCGGCACUCGACCCCCCACCACAUACGCCAUCACCACCAUCUCCCCCUUUACCGCCCCCGCCAACCUCGAGGACGAGUCAGAAGGAUUUGAACAUCCGUGCGUCACGUCUAGUGGAACUUUUCUAUCUUAGGAAGUACUACGCAUCAUGCGUUGCUUCCCGUGAUUUCAAGCUCACCAGCCUGUUUAUCGACUCAGUUGCCUACAUCAAAUUCAACGAGCUGGUUAUGGAGGAUAUGAGAAAUGAGAUUGAGAAUAUGCGGCGUGGAAUGAUGGUGAUCAAGGUUCCGGAGAACUUCAAGGCUAAAAGUGACCGAGGGGUUGUGGAUUUGGGUGAUUGGGAGAAAAGACUGCAGGAGAAAACAUUCCCUGAGAAAACAUUACCUGAGAAAACAUUGCCUGAGAAAAUAUUGCCUUGA